AUGACGAGACCAAAGAAAGAUGGAGGGCUGGGGAUCAAGGAUCUAAGGGCGCAAAAUUUGGCUUUAUUGGGUAAGCAAUGUUGGCGUCUAAUGAAAUACCCUAAUUCUACUAUAUCAAGAAUGCUCAAAGCUAAAUAUUUCAGAUAUACAGAUUUCCUACAUGCAGAGAUAGGAAGCAUACCGUCGUGGGGUUGGAGAAGUGUUCUUGAAGGGCGCAAGGUGAUCGAGAAAGGCUUGUUAUGGAAAAUAGGCUCUGGCACUAAUGUUCGCAUCUUCCAUGACCCCUGGCUCCCACCACCAGUGCCCCUUAAUGUCCCUCAAAAUGCACUCACAAUCCCGCCAAAUAUGCAAGUGUAUUACGUUAGUGCGUUACUAAAUCCUGAUAGAAAUUUUGGAAUGAUGAAUAUACUGUUUUACAUAAUCUCCGAAUAA